ACACUCCUCCAGACUCAUUACAUUCAGCGGCACAGUCAGAGGAGACGGAAGAGGACUUGAGGAAAGGGAUGAGAGACAAUAAAGUGCCCUUGUUCCUCUCUCAUAGAAGCUCACAGGGUUUGGGUCAUUUAGGGGAACUGGAGGAGGUAAUAGACAGAAGAAGAGAAGUUGUGGACUUCAUGACUAAGGAUUUCCCUGUGACUGUUGAUCGCUCUCCCUCUCUCUUUCUCUGUGGCAAUUGGUCACGAGUGGCGGCGCUGUCAGCCAACACAGUCUCUAGUAUAAGAGCCACGCUUCAACAUGAAGGCUCUGUAUUCUGUUAGGACGGCACUUGGGUUUGGACUUACUUGAGGAUUGUGUAUCUGUGACGAAUAGGACAAGAUAAUCAUUGACCGGCCUGUCUACCACAUGCAUAUAAGUUUUUCAGCCCACUCAUAGGCAGGCACCCAGUCAUGUAGAGAGCAGCGCGUGGAGGACACCCAGAUCACUUUCAGCACUUUCUACACAAAGAGACACCCCACCACUCUUCGGGCUGGACUGCGCGGCGACAGCAGCCCGCCCCCCGCGUCCCCCAGACAUGUCGUCACGCAUCGGCCUGCGCCUGCAGCUCAUGCGGGACCAAAUGCAGCAGGAGGAGCAGCGGGAGCGGCAGCAACAACAGGCAGCAUCCAUGCAUUACAUGCAGCAUCGCAUGCCCGGCCCACCUGCACCCUCGUCAGCCAUCAGUGCACCAACUCACUUCCAGGCGCCCAUGCAGGUGCCUGUUGAAGUGCUAAAAGUGCAGACCCAUCUUGAGAACCCCACAGACUACCACAUUCGACAGUCUCAACGGCAGCAAGUCAAGGAGUACCUGUCUACCACAUAUGCCACCAAGCAGACUGUACACGCUGUCACAAGCUUGGUACAGCCCUCUCCACCCACCAUGGCCCAGGGUCAGACAGGAACCAUCCCACCAGCCAUGCCCUCUCCUUGCAUGCGCACUGAGCAGCUCAUGAACUCCGCUGGGAACAGUGCGCCCAACAGUCCCAUGGCCAUGCUCAACAUCGGCUCCAGCCAUGAGAACGAGAUGGAUGAGGUUAUUGAUGACAUCAUCAGCCUGCAGUCCAGUUAUGAUGACAUCCAGGCUUAUAUUGACCCCGUGGUCCAGAUGCCAAACACACUCCCGCUAUCCAGCAGCCAUUUGGAUGUGUACACGGGGCCAGGUAUGUCUGGAUCAGCUAUCGCCAUGACCAGCAACUCCUGCCCUGCAAAUCUUGCCAUAAAGAGAGAACUGUCAGCUCGGGCAAUGGCUAAAGAGAGGCAGAAGAAAGACAACCACAACCUGAUUGAAAGAAGGAGAAGGUUUAACAUCAAUGAUCGAAUUAAGGAGCUGGGCACCAUGAUUCCCAAAACCAAUGACCUGGAUGUGCGCUGGAAUAAAGGCACUAUUCUGAGGGCCUCUGUGGAGUAUAUUAAACGAAUGCAGAAGGACAUCCAGAGAACCAGAGAGGUGGAGAACAACUUCAGGAGGAUGGAGAUGGCCAACAAACAGCUGUGGCUUCGCAUUCAGGAGCUUGAAAGGCAGGCCCGAAUGCACGGCCUCCCCAGCACCUCUCCAUCCGGCCUGAACAACACUGACGUUCUAAACCCCUUCGUCAAGCAGGAGAACAGCCCUGAAGAGAACCACCUCCCGCAUCAGCCCCAUCUCCCUCCUCACUACCCCCAGCAUCAGCAGCACAUGGGUCAGCAGCAGUCCCUGCCCCACCCUCAACUCCACCAGCACCAGCACCAGCACCUCCACCCCCAGCCCCCACUGCAGUACCCAGCAGUGGGCAGCUCCCAGCACUUUGACUAUGCCCAGUCGCUGGACUUGUGCGACGGCGGCAUCCCGGGAUAUCAGGAUGGCAUGGGGGACCUCAGCUCAUUGGGCGGAGGCGUCGCACCUAUGGGAAAGAAGAGCGAGCUAGGAUUCUUGCUGAUGGAAGAGGCCCUGUCGCCGCUGGGAGGAGACCCGCUGCUGUCCGCCAUGUCCCCCGAGGCUUCUGUUGACAGCAGCCGCCGUAGCAGCUUCAGCAUUGAGGACUCAGACAUACUGUGACCUGGACAGCCUUGGGUGUCACUGCUCCACAUUCAUAUGAUGCGACAUGUACACACACACAGAUAUCGCAUUUAGUCUGGCACACUGUUAACGGGGAAAGGUACGAUUUUGCCACCGUGAAAUUAAAGUUUAGCUACUUUUUUAUUUUUUUAAUCUGACAUGCAAAAUUUUUGCUCCAGAAUUGUUGAUACAUGCAAUAUAGACUAACUAAACAGAGAGAACUGAUAUGCUUGAAUUCUGUCACCCAGAAUUGGCCUAUAUUGAAACUUUUGUACAAAGAUAUGUGCUCAGAUACAUAUAGAUUGCCUUGAAGGCUGUGAAAAAGUGCUGUUUUGAGUCUGAACUUUUACACUCCGUGCCAUAUAACAGUAUAUCUUUUUAAAAAAGUCUAAAAAAAAAUUUAAAUAUGCCUUUUAGAUAUACAUAUUCGCCCUAGAAUUGUAACAGUCCAAACCACACACUCACAUUCUCUAUCUUUAGAAUUACAUAUUUUUAGCUUUGACAUGCGUCAGUCUUUUCCCACAUGUGAGACUCUCACACACACUUAAUGUCCUCUAAAUCCAGACAGAAAUGAUUAUUUGAGCAUUUUUAUUAUUAUUAUUAUUAUUUAUUUUGAAUUAUACCACCACACCUGAGCUCUUAAACACAGUGCCUGCUGUAUCAGAGCAAUAUGCAAGGGCAGCUUAUCCUCAGACAGUUUAUCAAAAAGCAGGAAGGACAGGGUUCCCACAGCCAUGGAAAAGCCGGAAAUAUCAAGGAAUUGUGAUUUCCAAAUUUAGAUUAAUAUAUUAAUACAAUCUUGAGACUUUGAGUGAAUUUGAUUUUGUUAUUCGGUUAAAUGAGUUAGCCAAACGGAUUCACAAAAAACAGUCUGAAUGAUUCAUUUGUGAAUCAGUCUGAAUUUGAAUGAUUCUUAAAAGUCCUUUUCCACCAGUCACAAACAGGUUCACAAAAGAGACUGAAUGAUUCAUUAGCGAAUCAGUCUGAAUCUGAAUGACUGUUAAAAGUUACACUGAAACUUAAAAGGUCCUGGAAAAUUCAUUGGUUAAAGUGUGUGGGAACUCUGGAAAGGCUCUGUAAUGUCCAAUGCAGAGAAAUGCAAGACGAAAAAAAAGAACAGCAGCAUGUUUUCAUUGACCAGGACAGGUCAUACUCUCCAAUAUGGAGAGACUUGGAAAUAAAGCAGGGGUGUCCAACUCUGUCUUGUCACACACCUCUGCCUCAACACACCUGCCUGAAAGCUUCUAGUAUGCCUGGUAAGACCUUGAUUUUCAGGUGUGUUUAAUUGAGGUUGGAGCUAAAAUCUGCAGGACAGUAGCCCUCCAGGAGCAAGAUUGGACACCCCUGUAAUAAAGGUAUCAAAAGAAACCUUCCAUAUUGCCUUUUAGCAUUAGUUUUACACAGCUUUUUAUAUAUAUAUAUAUAUAUAUAUAUAUAUAUAUAUAUAUAUAUAUAUAUAUAUAUAUAUAUAGCUGCUUUUGUCAUUGUUGAGGACGAAACAAUGACAACAGGCUUCUGUUUGCAUAACAGGCCAGACCAGGUGCUAGUGUGACAGUACGUUCAGUGGACAGUUCAGCUGAAUACAACAUAAAUGAACUAGUUAGUCGUGCUGCCACACACUCCUAGUAAAGUGCCUUAAAGCCAAGGCUUCACACUCAAGAAGCACACACUCAAAUGCCCUCUUAUAUUGGCAUGCUGUAAAAUAAAGCCAACAGCUGUGAGCGCCGUUUGUCCAACUGAAGUUCAUACAGCCCAAGGUGCCUUUCAGGGAACCUGGAUCAACAUGAAAUUUGAUCCAGCUUUUGAGCUGUACACUGAAGGAAGUUUAAUAUAUAGAAAAGGUACAUGUAUUAUUAUAGUUUUUUUUUUUUUCUUUUUUUUUUCCCAAAGCACUGGAAAAACUAUUUUAAUUUUAUUGAUAUUAUAAAGAUUUUAUGAAGUGAGUUUUAUUUCAAAUGUUUUAUGCCACUAAGCCAUUUAAAUGUAAUUUAUCUGUCAUUUUUUUAUUUUAUUUUUUUCUAUAUCACUGCCGAGCCAUUGAAAUAUAAAAAUAUUUCUGCCAUUAUAUUAUACAAAUGGCAAGUGCAGAGCCAUAUUAUAUUUUUCUUUUCUUUUUUUUCUUUUUUUUUUUUUUGUGUGUGUACAGAAUCGUUAAAACAUAUUAGGCUUUUAAGAGAUUUAAAGAACAAUGUGUAAUGUUGUUUUUAUAUUGAUUUUAUUCCUUUUUUAAGAAAAAGACAGUUGAGGAAAAGUGAUACUGUUGAGUAGUGAUUCAUUGUUUUCAUUCAAUUUUAAUUAAAACUUUGAGAAUGUGAAUUUUAUGUAUUGUACAGAUAAACUAAGGUGGCUUGUAAACUGCCUGUGUUGAACAUGAGCUUUAAUAGAACCUAUGCGCUGUCCUCAGAAACAGUAUGAUGCACCUCCAGUGUCUUAUUAACCACCUCUCCCUGUUUUAUUGCUUUAUUGUUUUAAAGGUACAGUUCAUAGGUGCUGAAAUGGCACCAUUCAAACCUCAUGAAUUAGUAUUGAAAAUACUGGAGAGACACUUUUUGUGAUAGUGUAUUUUCUGCAUUAUUAUUGCAGGUGUAUGACUAACUGCCUGGAUCAUACACCGAAUUCAGCCAAGUUUAAACCAGCCAACAACUCUUAUUGUGAGUUGGUUACUCUAUGCAAAUCUUUGACUUGGUUAGCUAUAAUAGGCGUAGCGUAGCAAAAUAAGCAAGGGCAUUUUGGAUAGCAUAGCAGGAAGGGGCUUCUAAUUUUGCUUGUGUGACUUUUUAUUUUAUUUUAUUUUUUUAGCCAUGCACCAAGAAUGAAAAGGUUUGCCAUUUAAGAAUGAAGAUAAAUCACUUGAAGUAAAGAGUGUGCUUUGGUAAAAUAUCUUGAUGAUUAAAAAAAGAAAAGAAAAAAAAAAAACACUUUGGCAUUUCAUUAUACAGCAUGCUGAAAGACAAUACAAGCAGAAUGUGUCUCAAGUUUUUACCAAAACCCUCUGAAGGCCUUGAGAAUGUUUCAGUACUGUGGAUGUGUCAUGUUUAUGGGAUUUGCUUUUUCAUAAUUCUCUGGAAGUAAAUGACACCUCACAUUAAAUGUAUUUAAGUUGAUGGUA